UAAAAAGCAGCAGAGCAGCCACUGAGUCUGUGGAUCACUGCUGCUGUUUCUACCACUCACAUCGUCGAAAUGGAAGUAGAAAUUAUAGAUGCAAACAAAAUCCGAUCAGAUUUCAUCCAAGUCCUUCGUAGCCGUCGAUCUGCUCAAGUUCCGCUAUCGGUGGAAAUUGGAAAACCGGUGGUGGACUUGUUGUAUCAGGACGAUACGCAGUCAACAGAGAAGUGUGAGGCAAUGGAGUCUUGUCCCAAGAAAGAGAUAGAGAAUUUCAAAGGUUUACUGAAAGAGGAGAAUCUUUAUUUGAUUACUGAGGCAGGAGAGCAAGGGCGUGUCCCUAUGCUAAUUCUAAGUUUGAAAGAAAGCAACGAAAGAAGGCCUGCUAUUGUUUUCCUGCACAGAACAAAUACAUGCAAAGAGUGGUUGAGGCCUUUGCUUGAGGCCUAUGCUUCGCGGGGAUAUGUAGCCAUUGCAAUCGACUCUCGCUAUCAUGGUGAACGUGCCAAGACUAAAACCACUUAUCAAGAUGCUCUUGUAUCAUCAUGGAGAAUCGGAGACACAAUGCCGUUCAUAUUUGACACUGUAUGGGACUUGAUAAAACUGGCAGAUUAUCUUACACAAAGGGAAGAUAUUGACCCUAAGAGGAUAGGAAUUACGGGCGAAUCACUAGGAGGAAUGCAUGCAUGGUUUGCUGCUGCUGCUGACACCAGAUACGCAGUGGUUGUCCCUAUAAUCGGUGUGCAGGGGUUUCGUUGGGCCAUAGACAAUAACAGGUGGCAAGCUCGGGUUAACAGUAUAAGGCCUGUAUUUGAAGAAGCACAAAAAGAUUUAGGCAAGACUGAGAUUGAUAAAGAAGUGGUGGAGAAGGUUUGGGAUAGGAUUGCUCCAGGUAUCGCGUCUAAAUUUGAUUCACCAUACACAAUUCCAGCCAUUGCUCCCCGUCCUCUGCUGAUUCUUAACGGUGCAAAAGAUCAGCGUUGCCCGAUUGCAGGUCUGGAAAUUCCCAAAUCUAGAGCAUGCAAAGCUUAUGAGGAAGCCAAUAGUCUGGACAAGUUUGAAGUAGUUUCAGAAUCUGGAAUUUGGCAUCAAGUGACUCCAACAAUGGUAAACGAAGCAAGCGAUUGGUUUGACAAGUUCCUCAAGCAAUAAUGUUAUCAAUUGUAUCAAUCUGUUUUAUGUUGCAAUAUUUUCCAAGGACUUUUACCCGAGAGAGAGAGAGAGAGAGAGAGAGAGAUACCGCCCAACAAGGUUGUUGAAAUGAUUUUCGUAGUCAAGUUUGAAGGGUUUGAACAUACAACAAUAAGUUUCAUCUUCAACAGCUUAGA